AUGUCAAGUGCAAAACCAAUUAAUAUUCUCGAUUUCUAUUAUCGAAGAGCUCGAAGGAUCUUGCCACUGUAUUACCUCAUUUUAUUUCUGACAGCGAUAGCUGUUCAUAUUUUUUUGAUUGAAGUUUGGUGGAAUAAUAAUCAUCGAUAUCAUUUAUCAUCGUUAUUUCUGGUUACAAAUCAAUUAAUUAUUCAUGACAGAGGUGAUUAUUUUCUUGAAUUUCAAGCUGAUGGAUCUUCUUUGAAUGCAUUUAUUCAUUGUUGGAGUUUGGGUGUUGAAAUGCAAUUCUAUCUUAUUGUACCUUUCAUUUUUAUGGGAUUCGCGAUUCUCAAAUCUGAUUUUUUGAAGUUCAUUGCAUCUAUAAUCAUGACUUGCAUUACUAUGAUCCUUUUUCAUUUUAUCAACUCACAAUUUGCUUUCAAUUUUAUGCCACUUCGAUUAUGGCAAUUUUCAAUGGGAUUCAUUGCAUUUUUCUACAUCCGAGUUAGCUUUAUUGAUAUGUAUGAUAAUAAUAACACUCUGAAAAAAACGAAAUUGAAUUUUCCAAUCGAUUCUGCAAGUUUCAAAAAUAUUCUAUUGACUUGUCUAUUUUUGAUGUUUCUGCCAACAAAAAUUGAUGUUACCGUGUUAAGAAUACUACUCACAGUGUGCACUGGAAUAUUACUAACAUUCGACGAUCCAAAUGACAACAUUGUGAGUUUUUUUCAAAGCUCGCGUGAUUAAAUUUUCAUUCAGAUUCUCAAUAAUCGCUUAUUAUCGCAUAUUGGUGAUUUAUCCUAUAUAAUCUAUCUUAUUCAUUGGCCAAUAAUUAUAAUAAUUGGACCUUCUACUCCAAAAUAUUUCAUUUCUACAAUAUUUUUGAUGAUAAUUAUAUCCUCACUGUUGCAUUAUGGUUUCGAGAAAACAUACAUGGCGAGAAUUAAAUCAAAACUAUUUCUUUUGAGUUUUCUUGGUUUAUUGGUUAUGGCAAAUGGAUAUCUUUACAAAAGUGUAAAAAGUCACGAAUUCUGGAAGCAUGGAUAUCCAGAAGAAUUGCAAGAAGUUAUAAGCACAAAUCUUGUUAAUCUCGAUGAAUCAUGGAAACCAUCACAAAAAUGUGAUGUUUCUGAUUUCGAGGAUUCUCAUGAACUCGAUUAUAUUUUUGGAUAUUGUACAGGGUGGUCCAAAAUUACCCGCACAAAUAUAAUGUUAAAUAUUUUCCACAGAGUAAACAUAGAUAUGAUUUCUGGUCUCAAAAAUUAUUCCCAGAUAUUGUGUUCAUCAUUUUAACAUAGAAUAUUGUGAUAUAAGUCGGUCUUAGGGUGACUGGAAUAUCGGGAAUGAACUUCAGAACUUCGCAUCAGACACGCUGCUUUUUCUGAGUUAAUCGAGCUUUCUAUACCCAUAGGGAGUUUCAAAUUAUAUGUUACCGGUUCAGAUUUUCAAGAUAACCCCUAGGCAUGCUUGAUCCUUGACGGAAAUGAUUCACAAAAAUUUUAGAACAAGAAUAAGGAGCAGUAGAGUGAACUCCUCAAAACGGAUUUUUCAACUCAAAAACUCAAUUUUUAUCAUUUAUCAUGUUAACCAUCGUAGUGUAAGAUGAAUCCAUGGUAUUUUCGAUGUCAAUUGUCACUAGUAGGCUUGGUUUGGCUAUACGGAUCUCACAUUUCCCACACCUAACAAUAUUUUCGAUUUUGACCUCGUUUUAUAAAAUUCCUAUCAAAAAACGGUCAAUUUUCAUAACAAGACCAGAAAUGAUCUCAAUAAUUUUUACAGACGGUCUAAUCUCGCUGAAUUUGUUUUUUAAUACCCAAAAAACAUCAAAAAAUUCUGCUAUGAUUCUAAAGUUCAGAAAUUGUUUCAAAUUUAUCACGCGAAGUAUGAAAAUCACUCGAAAAAAAUAGAGCGUGUAAAAAAUCUUUUUUUUUUUCGUUUUAUGCUGUUCCGGAUAACCCCUCUAACUCGGCUCAAAAAUGAAAAUUCUUUAUGAGACUUUGGCAACUAGUUAGAAAUCAGUAAAACUGACUAAUUGAUAGCACGGAUCCAGGUUUGGUGCAUUUUAUAUUGAAUAUGGAAUGCUGGAACUGGAAUUGCGUUUGUGCGGGUAAUUUUGGACCACCCUGUAAAUAUUUUGGAAAUGGAACAAAAAAUAUAAUGGUUGUUGGAAAUAGUUAUGCUGCAAAUUUAGUGAAUACAAUCAAAGACACUAUCGAUGAAGUUGGAACAUAUUCUGUUUUUCAAUAUGCCUCCUUUCAUAGUACGCUUACAAGGGAACCUUUUUCACUCAACACUACAAAUCUUGAUGAAAUUUUGUCCAUGGACAGCUUUUGGGAAAUUAGACCUCUGAGCCAAGUUUUGGGCUCUCAGAAAUUCAAAAAUUGGCUCAUAAAACACAUCAUUACUCCACUCUCGAUGAUUUUUAUGAAAACUGAGUAGCAGGUGAUAAUCAGCCUAGUCGACUUACCCAAAAAGUAUCGCUAAAUUAAUUUUUCCGAAAAAUUUUAUUCUGAAAAAAUGAAUGAGAAAAAAAAAAUUUUCAUGAAUUUUCAGCCGAAAAAUAAAAAAAAACUUCACAAUUUUUCGAAAAAAUAUUUUUUAUUGAAGUACUUUAAGUUAAUCGACUAUGCUGAAUAAUAUCUGAAAAUUUAUUCCUCACAAAAAUGUUUUUGAAAUCCUUCCAUGCUAUGAUGUCUUUUAUGAACCAUUUUAGCCCUUUUUUGAAUUUUUGAGAGCCCAGAACUUAAAGGGGGGGUAAGACGACAAAAUUUUUUUGUCGCAAAGUUAAAGACUCCCCAAAAGAAGUAAAACCUCCAAGGGAUUUUUUCUGGAAACGUCCAGAAAAAAUGUUCCAUAAACUAGGUACCACGUAUAGCUAUACGUUGAAUUUAUUCCAUAAACUUUUGGACAACGUAUAGCUAUACGUUGAAAAAAGUUCAUGGAAUAUUUUUUUCGGACCUUUUUAGGCCUUUCGAGAAAAAAUCCCCUGGGGCUUUUACUAUUCAAAGGGAGCCCGAUUCGUUGAGCAAAUAAAAUUUUGUCGUCUUACCCCCCCUUUAACUCAGAGGUCCAUUAGGUAACUAACAUUUUGAGGGUGUUCUUAUGACCACAAAAGCAAUCUUAGGAUGAAAUCCCAUCAAGAUUUGAAGUGUUGAGUAAAAGAGAUUCCCUUGUUAAAAUGUUUGAAACUCAAUUAUAAUGUUACUGAUUUUCAGCAAGUUUUGGAAUAUAUAGUGAUAUUCCGACUUCAGAUGUAGCUUUAUCAAUUACUCACAAAUUAAUCGCCGAAGAAAAACCCGAUAUUCUGAUGAUUAUGUGCAGAUUUUCUGAAUCUGUCAAAAAACCAAUUUAUUUUCUCGAAAAUGACAGAUGGAUUCAAGAAUUCAAUAAAAAUAUCGAAAUUUUAGAGAAAUACACAAAACGUAUUUUUAUAUUAGGAGCAUUUCCGUUAUAUCCUCCAAAUUCGAUGAAUGCUUUUAUUCGUGAUCUUCUUCAUAAACCAGAACAUUUGGAAAGUUUACAUUUGAAAAGAUAUGAUGCAGAUGUUGAAAUGAAUUAUAUCCGAAAACGAUUGAGCAAUAUAAAAUGCAAAUCUUGUCAGGUAAUCAAUAUCAGGCACAAUACUGUCUAUAAUGAAUUCAACAUUUUCUUCAGAUAAUCGAUUUGUCACCAAUGUUUGCGAGCGACGAAAAAUAUUUAUUAUUUGACGGAAACACAAUGUUAUCCUAUUUUGAUAAUUCAAUUCAUUUAACAAAACCGGGACACGAAUUAGUUAAACCAUACUUCAUCAAUUUAGCAAAUGAUAUUCUCAAUAAACACGGUUGA